GCUGCCUCUGAAGCUGAACACCAGGAUUAAGGAAGGCAGGAGGAGAGGAGGCGGGGCCACGGGAUGGCCCUUUAAGGGGCCGGCCAUGCGCAGGCCGUCCCCUGAGCAAGCAGGUAGAGAGCGAACGAGAGACGAGCUGCGCCUUCCGCAGUUUUGCCCGGAGAGGCGGAGAGAGCAGAGCGGAGCGUAAAAGCGCAGCAGGCACCAGCCGCCGCCGACCGUCGUCCCGAAGCAGGAAUAAAAGAGGAGCCCGUAGCGACAGCAAGAGCGCAAGGCCUCCAUCGUUCGACCCCUUCUAGCCCCGGCUCGGCUAUGGGGAAGAUCCAGCUCUUCGAGAUCCGCCUGGGCGACAGCCGCGUCGUCUACAGCCCCGGCGAGCCUCUGACUGGCACGGUCACCGUCCGCCUGGCUGGAGCGCUCCAGUACCGCGCUAUCAAGGUGAGCUGUGUGGGUUCCUGUGGGGUCUCCAGCAAAAUAAAUGACACUGCGUGGACAGUGGAGGAGCAGUACUUCAAUACAACCCUUUCAAUGGCUGAUAAAGGGGUCCUGGCAGCUGGGGAGCACACAUUCCCUUUCCAGUUCCUGCUUCCAGCUUCAGCUCCUACAUCCUUUGAGGGUCCCUUUGGGAAGGUCUUGCACCAGGUCAAAGCUGUGAUAGAGACACCACGGUUUUCCAAGGAUCACAAAUGCAGCAAGAUAUUCUAUGUCCUGUGCCCGCUGAACCUGAAUGACAUCCCUGAGAUUGAGCAGCCAAACACAACGUCGAUCACAAAGAAGUUCAGCUACAAGCUCGUGAAAACUGGCAACGUGGUCCUGACAGCCACCACAGACCUCAAGGGCUACGUUGUAGGGCAGGUCAUCCAGUUGCGGACAGACAUUGAGAACAAAUCAGGCCGGGACACCAGCACCAUUGUAGCCAGCCUCAUCCAGAAAGUUGCCUACAAAUCCAAGCGGUGGAUCUAUGACCUGAGGACCAUAGCGGAAGUGGAGGGUUCACCCGUGAAGGCCUGGAAGCAUGCAGAGUGGAGAGAGCAGAUUCUCGUCCCAGCACUGCCUCAGUCCAUCCUUCAAGGCUGCAGCCUCAUCCAUAUUGACUACUACAUCCAGGUGUCCCUGAAAUCUCCUGAGGUUUCUGUUGCUCUCCCGAUCUACAUUGGCAACAUCGCUGUGAACAGGAUCCCCCUCAACCCGACCCGCUUGGUCCCUCACGUCCCGUCGCCCGUGAUCCCGAGUGCACCGCCGGUGGACGAGGAGGCUGCCGGUGGCUACCACCCCAUGGACAACAUUUCCAUCCCCACCAAGAGCCACUCCCAGCAGCAGCCUUUCAGCUAUGCACCAGGCUUGAGCUUCCCGGAAGCAAGGCUGGACUCUGAGCAGGGCAGCUCGCCCAACCACCCCACACUCUGCCUCUCGACAGGAGCGACGGUCCCUUACUAUGCCGAGGGGACGGUGGUUCCGGUUCCCACAGCCAGCUCCCUCAUCCUGCCUCCGGAGUAUAGCACCUGGGGUUACCCCUACGAGGCACCCCCUUCAUAUGAACAAAGUUGCAGCAGCGCAACCUCCAGCCUGAGCAAUGGCAACUAGCCACAAGCUCACAACCUGAUGUCUGGCAUGCCAAGCUGGGAGAAAGGACAGUACAAAACAUUGCCUGGAGGGGGCGCUCUCUCCCCCAGCAAUAGUUCCCUGGGCCAUGGCUGCCUUGCACAAUAAUCUCUUUCCUUGUGCUGUACAGUUCAUCAUCUUACUUGCUGCUUUAUAAUCCGAACACCCGUGAUGCCUUAUCUGAAAUGUGGGAGUCAUCGUGUAUGGAAAGAUAGAGGUGUGUGCAGAUCAGUGUGUGUGUGUGUGUGAGAGAGAGAGAGAGAGAGAGAGAGAAUGAACGAACAAACAAACAAAUGAAUGAAUGAAUGUACAUAUGUAUAUAUUUUGAGUGCCACCCCAUAUCUGUUGUGUGCUAACCAGAAAAGGUGUGUGGGUGUAGACAAAUUGCUUCUCUGCUGGGCAUCCCGUGAUUUAAGCCCAGUGUGCCCUUUUGCACUAGCUUACCCUCUAGAGAACAGUACAAGCAGUGCAGGAAGAGCUGCUAUCAACAUUCCUUCUGAUGUAGGGCAACUGGCAUUUCCCUGCCAUUUUUUUAAAAAAAAUGUGGCAUAGCACAUCUGAUUUUUACUCUGGGUGCUUGUAGUAGUUCCUUUUUUGGCUCUUGAGUGCUUGUAGUAGCUACCAUUUUCCCUCUCUCUGCCACCCCUGUAAUCCACAGACAGGAGACAACUGACAAUCACAAUUCUAGCCUAACUCUACCUCUUGACUUUGCUUCUCCCAGGAAGUGAGUCCAGAUGGAGGAGGGGAAGGAGGAGAGCUUUUUGGAAAAGAAAAGAAAAACAUACAGUUUGUUAAGCAGAAUUCCAAAUAGUUAGGAGCUUUGGGUAGUGAUGCACUUGAUCCAUUGGAUAACAGUGGGUGGGAACAGGUCUCGUGCUGCUCUCCACAGUGAGUGCCUCUGCAGCUUUGCAGUUCGUGGCCAGUGGAGGUGAGAGGCUGGUUGGCUAUAUUCCUUCUAGAGUUUCUUGCCUCCUCCUUCAAAUAGAGAGUUCUGCCUGCUUACUAGCAUAGCAGUUUUAAAAGUGGACUAGCUGUUGCCCAGAGAGGCUCCCAGCCUCUGCAAUCUCAAUGUUACAGAACAGCCAAUGUCAAAGUACUUUUAAAGCAGGGCUUCUGACACACUGUGUGUGUCUGUGGGUUUGUGUGGGGGGUUAUUUUUUCCAUGGCUAUUUACCACGUUGGGCGUUAGGUUUUUCUGUGUGUACAAGUCUGAUCUGCUAAGCACCACCUCUGGAGUAGUGAAGCCUUUUUCCUUUCUCUCGGCCAGCCUUUCUUCAUGAGCUCCUUCAAGUUUGCUGGGUGGCUGAUCCAGCAAUAUGGACAUGCAAACGUUCACAUUCCCAGCACCACGUGGUUUUUAUAGGACAAUUAAUCCUCUUCCACGACCCUUUUUAUUUGUGUCUUUUUCCAAUCAGCUUUGUUUAAAUGGUGAAACUUUGAAAACACAGAUUUUAAAUGUAUUUAAUAAAUUAUUCUGAGACCUUGAA